AUGCUUCAAGAUGUCUUUGUUGGGGAGUGGAGAAAGGUAUGCAUGCUUCGAUCAGCCACCGGUACUACUCCGCCGAUGAAGACAUACACAGAUUUGACAUUAGCUUUCCAGAAAGGUGAAGUGUCAUAUGGGGUGGGUUACGAACCAGUUUUUGCUGAUAUUAGUUAUGCUUUUACUGUGGUGCUACGGAGGGCUAAUCUAAGUGUUAAGACUCCUGGUCCACUUAUUUUGCCACCCAAAAAGGAGAAGAGUUUGCCAUGGUGGGAUGACAUGAGAAACUACGUUCAUGGAAGAAUUACCUUACUAUUUUCUGAAACUUGCUGGAAUAUUUUGGGAACUACGGAUCCUUAUGAAAAGUUUGAUAAACUUUUAAUUUCGACUGGUUCUAUGGAAAUUCAACAGUCAGAUGGUCGCAUUUUCCUUUCUGCUGAAGAUUUCAACAUUUACGUGAGCAGUUUGGAGAGUAUGGCAAACAAACAUGGUUCCAAAGUUCCACCGGGUGUUUCUGGUGCAUUUUUUCAUGUCCCAGUUUUUAUACUUGACGUUGCAAUGGAUUGGGGUUGUGACUCUGAGAAGCCAUUGAAUCAUUAUUUGUUUUCACUUCCAAUUGAAGGGAAGCCUCGCGAGUUCAUAUUUGACCCCUUCAGAUCCACUGCUCUUUCGAUUCAAUUGAACAUAUCAUUUAGAGCCUUUCCUCCUCCAUCUACAGAAGGAGAUGCUAAUGUUCAUCAGCCUCCUCACACUUCUGAGAAUGUUUCACCAACAAUAAAUCUAGGUGCUCAUGAUGUAGCAUGGCUUAUAAAAUUUGGUACCUUGAACGCCCUUCCCCCACAUAAACUGCGCAUGUUCUCACGUUGGCCCCGUUACGGUGUUCCAAGAAUUCUCAGAUCAGGCAACCUUCCACUGGACAAGGUAAUUACUGAGUUUAUGAUGCGUAUAGAUGCCACCCCAAUUCGUAUGAAGAACAUGCAUCUACAUGAUGAUGAUCCAGCCAAAGGACUGACCUUCUCUAUGACAAAGCUCAAGGUUGAAGUAAUGUUUGGGAGGGGCAAGCAAAAGUUUACUUUUGAAUGCGAACGUGGCAAUCUUGAUCUUGUUUAUCAAGGUAUUGACCUUCACAUGCCCAAAGUUUUCCUUAGCAAAGAAGACUCUAGCAGUAUUGCUAAAUUGAUUAGCAUGACACCAAAAAGCUCACAAGCUGCAUCCAAGGAUAAAGUUUCCUCUGAAAAAGGUUGCAUGACACAGAAAAAUCCUGAUGAUGGAUUUCUUUUAUCCGGUGAUUACUUCACGGUAAGAAAGCAAUCCCCAAAGGCUGAUCCUGAAACUUUGGUAGCCUGGCAUGAAUCAGGAAAAGUUCAUUCUGACAAGACCUAUGUACGACCUCAGCGUGAAAAUCGGAUUGAAACCGAUGAGAAUGCGCAAUCAGACCAUAGUGAUGAUGAUGGAUACAAUGUGAUAAUAGCAGACAGUUGUCAGCGAGUGUUUGUCUAUGGUCUCAAACUUCUGUGGAAUAUUGAAAACAGAAAUGCUAUUUGUUUCUGGGUUGCUGGUCUUGCCAAAGCCUGUGCCCCUGCCAAGCCUUCUCCUUCUCGGAAGUAUACACAGAGAAAACUACAUGAGGAGAAGAAAAAGCAAGAUGCAGCUGAAACUGAGCACGACGGUGCAGGUGAAACUACUCAAGACGAUGGAGCUGAAGUCCAUCAAGAUGAUGGAGCUGAAGUUCCUCAAGAUGAUAGUGGUGAAGUCAGUAAAGAUGAUGAAGCUGAACCCCAACAAGACAAUGUGGCUGAAACCAGUCAAGAUGAAAGAGCUGAGACCCAUCAAGUUGAAAUUUCUGCGUCCCUUAACACCAAUAGCACCUCGGAGUCCCCCACUUCUGAGGCUGCCAAAAAUCCUGAAUUACCUUCAACCCCACCAAAUGUGGAUAAUGUGGACAACUUGGCAUCUACUAAAAAUGAGAAUGCUGAUGAGCUAGAGGAGGGGACUCGACACUUCAUGGUUAAUAUUGUUGAACCACAGUUUAAUCUUCACUCAGAGGAUGCAAACGGAAGGUUUUUGCUUGCUGCUGUAAGUGGCCGCAUUUUAGCCCAGUCAUAUCACUCAGUCCUUCAAGUUGGUUACGAGAUGAUCGAGCAAGCAGUUAAUACUACUGAUGGAAAUAGUAGUGAAUACCAGCCUGAAAUUGCAUGGAAAAGAUGGGAGUUGUCUGUCAUGUUGGAGCAUGUGCAGGCCCAUGUCGCACCAACAGAUGUUGAUCCAGGGGCUGGAGUGCAAUGGCUACCAAAAAUUCUCAGAGGAUCUCCAAAAGUAAUGCGUACAGGCGCUCUUCUUGAGAGAGUUUUUAUGCCUUGUGAUAUGUACUUUCAGUUCACAAGGCAUAAAGGAGGAACUCCAGAACUGAAGGUGAAACCCUUGAAGGAGCUCAGCUUCAAUUCUCAUAAUAUAACAGCAACAAUGACAUCUCGCCAGUUUCAGGUUAUCCUGGAUGUGCUGUCCAAUCUUCUCCUUGCACGGGUUCCCAAGCCUAAAAAAAGUAGCAUGACACUUUUUGCCGAAGAUGAUGAAGAGAACGAAGAAGCUGCAGAUGAGGUAGUACCAGAUGGUGUUGAAGAGGUGGAACUUGAAAAAAUCAACGUUGAAAAGAAAGAGAGGGUACAAAAUUUGAUUCUUGAUGACAUAAGAAAACUGUCUCUUUGGCAUGACCUUUCAAGAAAUUCAAACCCACAAGAGGAAGCAGACUUGUGGAUAAUAGACGGUGGAAUAGCCAAGCUGGUCCAAGAACUGAAAAGGGAACAUGUAAAUGCGCGAAAAUUUACGAAGGAAGCAUGUGCAUCACUAAGAGAGGCAAUGCGCAAAGCUGCACAACAGAGGUUAAUGGAGAAGGAGAAGAACAAAAGUCCUUCUUAUGCUAUGCGCAUAUGUAUGCAAAUUAACAAAGUUGUUUGGAGCAUGAUCCUUGAUGGUAAAGCAUUUUCAGAAAUCGAGAUCAAUGACAUGAUCUACGACUUCGACCGGGAUUAUAAGGAUGUUGGCAUUACCCGGUUUACAACAAAAUUUCUUGUUUUCAGAAACUGCCUGUCUAAUGCCAAAUCUGAUACAAUUCUGUCAGCAUGGAAUCCCCCACCCGAUUGGGGAAAAAAAGUGAUGGUUAGACUUGAUGCGAGACAGGGAGCUCCUAAGGAUGGAAGUUCUCCCUUUGAACUUUUCCAGGUAGACAUUUAUCCCCUUAAGAUCCAUUUGACAGAAACAAUGUACAGAAUGAUGUGGGUGUAUUUCUUCCCAGAAGAAAAGAAGGACUCACAACGCCGACAGGAAGUUUGGAAGGUUUCAACCACAGCUGGUGCAAGGCGUGACAAAAAAGGUUCAGGCACGGAGGCCCCAGUAAGAACUGGCUUCUCUGCAAUGCUAUUUCCCACAGUCAUGCAGACUGCUUCCCAAGCUGAUUCAGCCCAAGCAUCCAAAGCACCAAAUGCCAAAGCUAACCCUGCUACUGCUCAAACCCCGGAGUUGAAAAGGACAUCUUCGUCUGAUAAAUCCAAGGACGAGACUGUAGCAGAAUCUGUAGCUGAUGAAGAAAAGAAGGCAGGUAUGCCACUAGAAGAGAAGAAAGCUAGACCACAAAAGAUAAUGCAAUUUAGCAACAUCAAAAUUAGCCAGGUGGAACUGUGUGUUACAUAUGAAGGGUCAAGAUUUGUUGUGAGUGAUAUGAAAUUAUUGAUGGAUCAAUUUCAGCGAGUUGAGUUUACUGGGACUUGGCGAAGACUCUUCUCUCGAGUUAAGAAGCAUAUCAUAUGGGGAGUCCUUAAGUCUGUGACUGGAAUGCAGGGUAAGAAAUUUAAAGACAAAGGUCAGUUUCAGUUCCCUAGUACUAGUGGUCCAGAAUUGGACGUUACUUCUGCUGACAUUGAUGGGCAAGGAGGAAAAUCUGAUAAGCUUCCACCAGCUUUUCCUAAGCGUCCAACUGAUGGAGCUGGUGAUGGAUUUGUAACAUCCAUCAAAGGAAUAUUUAGUCAUCAACGCCGCAAGGCAAAGGCAUUUGUGCAAAAGACCAUGAAAAAUGACGGAGAGAAUGAACUUCAAGGGGAUUUGAAUGAAAAUGAUACCGAGAUCUCUCCUUUUGCUAGGCAGCUCACCAUCUCACAAGCCAAAAAGCUUAUUAGGAAGCAGACCAAGAAGUUGCAGGCUAAACAAAAAGGUGCUCCCUUACCACUACCAGAAGCACAACCAUCAUCUCCAAAAGAAGAGAUCAUUUUAUUUGACAGUGAUUCUUCGAGUGGAUCUUCAUCGGAUGAAGGUUUAAGUGAAUCGUUCGUGAGAAAUCUAUAUAUAAUUGAUUAA